AUGUCUGAUCCACUGGCUUCGAAUGUGCAGAAUGCUGACGCGUCUGAGCCCAGCUCGGGUGUCAAUAAUCAUCAUAAUGACGAGAUCAAUUCUAACCUAAAGCCCAAGCAAAUGCAAUUGACUUUUGGAGAUUUCAAGAACAUCAAAUCCACGGCAAACUCACCGGAGGGCUUGCUUCAGCAUGCUACUGAAAUGCUGGAGACCAAUCGCCGGAGAUCACGUCGGGUGGUCCCCAAAAGGCCUGUUGAAAUCGACGAGGAUGAAAUCUCAAGAGACACUCCGAAGAAGAAGAAGAAGCCACCUGUUAAGAUCAAAGAGCAUAACAUCAACCAUGAAGCAGUACGUGAUAGGGCCAGAAAGCUACGUACCUCAGUCGGCAACCCAGAGCCAUAUUUGGCAGAGGAAAACUGGUGCCCCAAUGUGCCGCUAUCUUCCGCAGACUUCAAAACUCAUUAUAGCAUUGUGUCAAGAUUCAGAUCUCCUAACCUUAAGACUGUGGAUUAUGCCAAAGAUGUUUUACUGGUUAUGACGUUUAUCAACAAGUUCAACUCAUUUAUACCACAGGAAUUGUGGUCUCUGUCAUUCCAGGACUUUGAACUCGGAUUAGAUCUUUACCCAGAUAUUGAAAAAGAAACUCCUCACAAGCUUUACCAAGACUAUAUGCCAAUCAAAGCUAUAGUGAAAUGUCAGGAUAAAAUGAAUCUCUUAUUUUUAACAUUGCUGAAGCUUGCGCUCAAUAACAACACUGCUACGAAAGAAGAUUCUAUCAAAGAACCAAAAGCGUAUUCUAAAUUUGUAAACCAAUUGCGUACUAAUGCAUGGUCAUGGGGAUACCCCAAGCAAUGGAUAAUAGAGGUCGGCGAUGGGGAAUCCAAAGUUUUUCCUGACGAUGAUACUGAGCCAGUCGACCCCAAAGAACGGGAAAUUCUGACUCCAAAUAUGAGUAGAUGGCCACAGCAGUACGCCAUUGAUGCUGACCCACUUUUGAACUCCGAGUUGGAGAAACGCGGCGUUUUGGCGCUCGAACCGAAGGACAGAAUGAUUCUUUUGAGAUCACUAGUUCAGUGGGCUUUGGCCCAGUCAGAAAAAAUUCAUCAAGAAGUUUACCGCCUAACUCAUCUUAAAAGAGACGAACCCUAUGGUGUCCCCACUUAUCACGUCCCAAGACUUUUUGCAGAUGGUGAGACGUCAACUAAGGCUCGAUUCAAAAGGCUCUGCGACUUGGUACAAACGAGGCUAGAGAUCAAAAGUGGGAAGAAGCACGUCAAGAAACAGUUAGAAAAUGGUAAAAGGAACGAACUAUCCCAAAAACUUAAAAUCAUCUCGAACAUUUACCAUGAUAGGAACACGAUACCAGUCCCUGGGGAAGGCGAAAUUGACACUGAACAAGAAGUAUCAGUCGAUCCCUUUGACAAAGAAUUUGACAGCUGGUGUGAGGUCAUAGAGGGGGAAAUUCCUGAUCACCCAAUGUCCUCUCCUUUCGAAGAUGAAAUCUUCAAAUUGAGAUCUCUAGAGUUCUUUAUUGGCCGAGUACCACAUGUGGGCGAUUUUUACAUUCCAAGGCUACACACAUAUCAAAAAGCGAGCAAGGUUGCAAUUCCAUCGACCUACACCGAUCCCAAAACGUUGAAGAAAACACUUGAAGCGUUCGCCAAUAAAGAAGUUGAUGCCUUCACGUUGUUCAGCGAUAACGGGAAACUCAUGAGCUCUCAAUUCAAAGUGUUUUAUCACGACUCGCCUAGCAUGAUCCGAGACGUAGCUAGUCAAGCAGAUACCUCGACUAAAAACUAUUGGCACGAAGUUUGCCACGACUGCGGGACUUUACGUGAAUUCAUAACUCUUCUUGAGUAUAAGCUAAGCAUUCUGGAAACGCCAGGAAAUGAGCCUGCAAACAAAGGUAUCAUAAACAAAAACCCGCUGCCCAAAGAAUCGAAAUACAAUGCGUCGCGGGAGAAGCUAGGUCUAAUAAAAGACUAUUUAACUAAGACGCUUCCUUUCUUAGAGACCUAUGAAGAAUUAGGUGAAAAGUAUGAUGACAUGGAAGCUAGUGUCAGGACUUUGAGAAGAUCACAGAGGAAUAAAGCUCCGCACUCUCGAGACGAUGGUGAUUCCGACUACGGCUUUUCCGAGGAUGAUAUACGGACAGAAAACGGCCAGGAGCCCGCAGAAGACUACACAGAUGAUUCUGCUGCUGAAGUUGACGAUAAUUCGAUUGAUGAGAAUGGUAACGAAGAUUCUGAUAAUGACAGCGCGGAAGACGACGAAACCUAUACACAAAAUGGCUAUAAAUCGACCCGCAGUCUCAGGAAGCAGAAGGGCAAGUCUGAUGACACUGAAAGCCGCGGUCGAAGAGGAGGUGCUCGCGGUAGUGCCCGAGGUGGUGUUCGAGGUGGCACGCGGGGAAGAGGACGUGGAAGAGGAAGAGGUAGAGGAAGGGGGAGAGGGAGAGGAAGAGGAAGAGGAAAAAGUUGA